AUGUCGGAGAAUGUGGAUUACCCAUGUUCAUCUCGGCAACAACAGGCAACAACAGGCGACAACAGGCAACAACAGGCGACAACAGGCAACAACAGGCAACAACAGGCAACAACAGGCAACAACAGGCGACAACAGGCAACAACAGGCGACAACAGGCAACAACAGGCAACAACAGGCAACAACAGGCGACAACAGGCAACAACAGGCGACAACAGGCGACAACAGGCGACAACAGGCAACAACAGGCGACAACAGGCGACAACAGGCGACAACAGGCAACAACAGGCGACAACAGGCGACAACAGGCGACAACAGGCAACAACAGGCGACAACAGGCAACAACAGGCAACAACAGGCGACAACAGGCAACAACAGGCGACAACAGGCAACAACAGGCGACAACAGGCAACAACAGGCAACAACAGGCGACAACAGGCAACAACAGGCGACAACAGGCGACAACAGGCAACAACAGGCGACAACAGGCGACAACAGGCAACAACAGGCGACAACAGGCGACAACAGGCGACAACAGGCAACAACAGGCGACAACAGGCGACAACAGGCGACAACAGGCAACAACAGGCGACAACAGGCAACAACAGGCAACAACAGGCGACAACAGGCAACAACAGGCGACAACAGGCGACAACAGGCGACAACAGGCAACAACAGGCGACAACAGGCGACAACAGGCGACAACAGGCAACAACAGGCAACAACAGGCAACAACAGGCGACAACAGGCAACAACAGGCGACAACAGGCGACAACAGGCAACAACAGACAACAACAGGCGACAACAGGCGACAGUUCGUUUGUGUAA